CUAAGCUUGAUAUGGAAAAGAGGCGCAAGUCACGUGAAAACGAUGACGAAAUAGCCACACUUUAUCUUGACAUUUCUGUAAAGUGGAUCAUCCAUCAUCCAUCAUCCUCUUUCGCCUCUCUUCCUUCUUUCCCUCUUUUCUCAUAAGUCAUCGGCCAACCAGGAUUUUGAUCCGAGCCGGGGUUUACAACUACAAUUACGAUAUGAUUGAUUGAUUGAUUUGGAUUACUCCGGAAAGAUGGGGGGCUUUGCAUAUUGCUCCCCGUCUAUGUAUUCUAGGGCUGUAACGAGGAUUUGUUCGAGAUACCAAGUCAAGAUACCAAGUAUGCUGAACCAAAGAAGAAAAGGCUGACAAUAUUGCCUGAGAGAUCCUUGGAAAUGUGGUAUAAGAAUUGCCAAUGUCUCUUAUUUGCGCGGGAGGUGAUAGUUCUACAUAUGCCUAGGAAAGUCAUCGGAGCUUAUCUCAUUUUUUUAUUUUGGAGGCUGAUGCGGGGCAAUGAGCCAUAGACAGUUGCCAAUAGGAAAUGGGCACUGAUACUUGACAUCUUACCGCAUAUCGUGCCGCAGUGCACCGUGCGGUAUAUGAACUCCAUAUGAAUCUGAACUGCUCCUCGACGAUGAAGCUAGCUGGCUGCUGGAUGUCUUUGAAACCCAUGUUGCCAAUAGAAAACAUUAUGUCAACAAUUGCCUACUAGGUACGGAAAGUUAGAAUUAUCUCAAUUUCAAGAUACUGGUACAGUACCAAGAAAACUAUUGGUACAACAUCUCCACCCAUCUCAACUCAUAACAAGGAAGAACUGGAAGGAUUAGUAUGCAAGUCAGAUAUUUAAAUUUCACUCUUCCCUUCAUCCAAUCCCCCUUCAUCCCAUUUCAAGGUUAUGUGGAUACCUUGAACUAUCAGGUAUGUCUUUUCGCUGCACACUAAUCUAGUGUCUUCUGGGGAUGCUUGUAGUUCGAUAAGCCUUUAUCUCAGUAGAAAACUCCCCUCUAGCCUCGAGCUAUAAGGAACCAUCUUCUUAGUUUUUCGCACAUUGAGAUGGAGAAUUAGAUACAGUAAUCCGUUUUUCCCUUUCCUAUACAUUAUAUAAGGUUUCCAUUCAUCUAUUAUACAUCUCACAACCAAGAACUUCAAAUACUCAGCAAUCCCUCUAGAAGAGAUAACACCUCGCUGGCGUACUCAUCAAUCUGAUCACUACAAUCAAGAUUAAUCAAUACCGCCAUUAAUGUGGUUUGCGCGGAUUAUUACACCUCACCCAAUUCACUAUUCACCAAUAGUUCAUUUCCCAUCGAGAAAAUGGCGAUAAAUCAAGAAUCCCCAGUCAUGUCUUCAGGAAACAAUUCAAAUAACGAUGUCAACGCCAAAUCUAGAGCAGAAUAUAUUAGCGAAGAUCAAACUCCUACUACGGACUACAAAAAAGUCAGUUGGCGCAGUACAUGGGGAUUUGGUCCCGUAACCAUCGGUCCAAGAAUUGGUCCAGUUUUGCCACAUCUUCGUCUAGAUGCCGAUGCAUCAAGCCUCAGCGGGGACAGUGGAAAGGAUCUUUUGAGCCAGCAGAUUGAAGCCGAAGCAGGUUCUGCUAUCAAAUAUCGUAGUUGCAGUUGGCAAAAGACUGCGGCUCUUCUUUUCUCAGAAUAUAUUUGUUUGGCAAUUAUGUCCUUCCCAUGGUCUUACUCAGUUUUAGGACUUGUACCAGGUCUUAUUUUGACUGCGGUUGUCGCAUUCUUGGUCCUCUACACGUCCCUAGUUUUAUGGGAAUUCUGUAUGCGCCAUCCUGAACUUAGAGAUGUUUGCGAUGUUGGACAAAUGCUUUUUGGUGGAAGAUGGGCAUGGCAUGCUACUGCUAUCAUGUUUCUUUUGAAUAAUACCUUUAUUCAGGGUCUCCAUGUCUUGACUACUGCAAAAUACCUGAAUACUAUCACCAAUCACAGUCAAUGCACAGUAGUGUUUGCCGUUGUUGCAGCUGUAAUCUGUUGGGUCUGUUCCGUUCCAAGGACCUUCAGCGCUCUAUCUUGGUUGGCCACAUUAUCCGCUAUUUUCACCUUCAUCUCCGUCAUGCUUGCUACAAUUUUUGCCGGAAUCGAACCUCACCCUCUUGGAUACAAUCCCGAUCCUAACUCCAUCAUCGCAGCCACUGGUCUUGCUGGAGGUGCCCCUACCGUUACUGCAGUAAUGCUUAAGGGUACAACGUUUGUGAAUGGUUUCAAUGCCUUCCUCAACAUCUCCUACACAUUCAUUGGUCAAAUUACUAUCCCUUCUUUCAUGGCCGAGAUGAAAAACCCCGCCGAUUUUCCCAAAGCUCUUUGGGCUGUCACCAUUGCCGAAGUCAUUGUUUUCAGUUUGGUCGGUUCAAUCAUUUACGCUUUCACUGGAAAUCAAUACAUGACAGCUCCAGCCUUUGGAUCUUUAGGAAAGAAGUUAUACGUCGAUAUUUCCUUCUCCUUCAUGAUUCCAACGCUCAUCUUCCUCGGAGUUCUCUAUGCCUCCGUCUCUGGCCGCUUCAUUAUCAACCGUGUCUUCCAUAACAACAAGAGACAUCUUCAUGAAAAUACAACGAAAGGCUGGGUAGUCUGGAUUGCCAUCUUAGCUGCGACUUGGGUUGGCGCCUUUAUCAUAGCCGAAGUUAUUCCGUUCUUCUCCGAUCUGCUAUCUCUGAUGUCUUCCCUCUUCGAUUCCUUUUUUGGAUUUGUUUUCUGGGGUGUAGCAUAUAUUAGAAUGAGACGUGUAGAUCAUGGAGCGGGAUGGGUCAGCAAGACGAGCAAGGUUGGAUUGAGUUUCAAUAUAUUGAUUAUAUUGAUUGGGUUACUGUUUUUGACUGCAGGAACUUAUACAAGUGUUCAGAGUAUUGUGGAUGGGUAUAAUGCUGGAUCAUUUGGGGGUGCGUUUACUUGUGCUAGUAAUGGUAUUUGAGUAAUAGAUUGAGGAUACAUAUUGGUUCUGGUUCUGUGCUUUGGUAUGUAGUAGAGCCAAUGACUUCUUUCAAUGGGGAAAUUUAGUAAUAGAAUUAUGAUAUUUUAAUUAUUAGUAUUUGAAUGAGGGGAUAGUGUGUAGUUGUGUAUAUUGUAAUCCUACUCAACAGAGAGUUAAUUUGCUUUUCUUUGAUGUGAUGGAGUGGAAGUUUGGUUUAGUUUGGUCCGGGGAGGCGUGUGGAACUGAAA